GGGACUCCAACUUACGUCAUUGACGAGUUUGUUUAGCGCUUAGAGAGGCAGUGGAUUCCCGCUCUCCACGAUUGAAACCGGCGUGGAAUACAGCUGUGGCUUUGUGGGGCUAUGGAGAGGCUAUAGCGCUAUUGCUGUGGAGCCAUAGAGACACGAUCUCAGCUGUUGACCGCCGACUCUCAAAGCCAACUGCGCAUAACAAAGGCGAACCUUGUGCGAGAAAGUUGUCAGUGUCGUGGGACGCGGAUCGCUAUUUGAUAGCGAAUUGGCAUUAAGUGCUUCUAUUGGCGAAAUCGGUUCAACGCGAGUGCCAUGCCAAAUCCCAGCAAGCCCAACGGCGCUAAUCAGUCGACAAACAUUUCGAAUACCUGAAAACCCGAUCCCACCUGGAGCCAGCCCAACAACCAGCAAGAAUCCACCACAGAUCCAGGUCCAGAUAGAGAUCCAGGGAGCAUGCUGUUCUCCGCGGUGGUGUUGUGCCAGGUGGAGCGGCUGAUGUGCCUGCCCAUCAGCUUCGCGGUGCUUGGCUUCCUUUUCAUGGCCUGCACCAUGGAGGUGGUGUUGCUCAAGCUGACUACCACCGAUCUGGUCCUCGGACCUCCCGUCGAGGAUUGGGAGGAGAACGGAGGCCCGGAUGGGGAGGAGCAGAUCUACUACGAGAAUUUGGAGAACAACUACGAGCACUGGGCGCGGAGGAGGAUGCGAUUCCACCGACAGCGACAGCAGCAUCAUUUGCCCACUUCGACUUAGGCUAGAAUAUAUGUAUAUUUUAAAUAA